UGGUUUCUAUGCUUCUAUGCAGGUAACCAGGAAGUGAACCACUGAAGCUCCUCCUCCCACGUGUAUCCGCAGGAACCGGCGGCGGCGUGACGCGUGUGGAACAGACAGACCGACCGACCAAAACCGGAGGGAGAGAGUCAGGACUGAAGAUGGCAGAUGAUCCGAACGCGGCGGACAGAAAUGUUGAGAUCUGGAAGAUCAAGAAACUCAUCAAGAGUCUGGAAGCGGCGAGAGGUAAUGGGACCAGCAUGAUCUCGCUCAUCAUUCCUCCUAAAGAUCAGAUCUCCAGGGUGUCCAAGAUGUUGGCGGAUGAGUUCGGGACAGCGUCAAACAUCAAGAGUCGAGUGAACCGACUGUCAGUGUUGGGAGCCAUUACCUCAGUCCAGCAGAGACUCAAACUCUACAACAAAGUGCCCCAUAAUGGUCUGGUGGUGUACUGCGGCACCAUAGUGACGGAUGAAGGCAAAGAGAAGAAAGUGAACAUCGACUUUGAGCCGUUCAAACCCAUCAACACCUCCCUGUACCUCUGUGACAACAAGUUCCACACGGAGGCUCUGACGGCGUUAUUGUCGGAUGACAGUAAGUUUGGGUUCAUAGUCAUUGAUGGUAGUGGAGCUCUGUUCGGCACUCUACAGGGAAACACCAGAGACGUGCUGCACAAGUUUACUGUGGACCUUCCUAAAAAACACGGAAGAGGAGGUCAGUCCGCGCUGCGUUUCGCUCGGUUAAGGAUGGAGAAGAGACACAAUUACGUGAGGAAAGUGGCAGAGACGGCCGUGCAGCUCUUCGUGUCCAACGAUAAAGUCAACGUAGCCGGAAUGGUUCUGGCCGGAUCCGCUGACUUUAAAACCGAGCUCAGCCAAUCGGACAUGUUCGACCCGAGGUUGCAAGCGAAAGUGUUGAAGCUGGUCGACAUCUCUUACGGAGGAGAAAACGGCUUCAAUCAGGCCAUUGAGCUCUCCGCUGAAGUCCUGUCCAACGUCAAAUUCAUACAGGAGAAAAAGUUGAUAGGGCGAUACUUCGACGAGAUCAGUCAGGACACAGGGAAGUAUUGUUUUGGCGUGGAGGACACACUGAAGGCGCUAGAAAUGGGAGCCGUUGAGAUUCUCAUUGUCUAUGAAAAUUUGGAGACUAUGAGAUACGUCCUGAGAUUGCAUGGCGCAGAGGUCACCGACUCGGAGAACGAUGAGAAAGUCAUUUAUUUGACCCCUGAACAAGAGAAGGACAAGUCCCACUUCAUAGACAAAGAGACGGGUCAGGAACACGAGCUCAUCGAGGUCAUGCCGCUGCUGGAGUGGUUCGCCAAUAGCUAUAAGAAGUUUGGAGCCACUCUGGAGAUCGUGACUGAUAAAAGUCAGGAGGGGUCGCAGUUCGUCAAGGGUUUCGGAGGAAUCGGAGGUAUUUUGCGGUACCGAGUGGAUUUCGUGGGGUUGGAUUACCAGGGAGAAGAAGAUGAGAUUUUUGACUUGGAUGACUACUAGGUAGUCGAGACCAAGUUUGAGAGAAAUAAGUGCAGAUUUGAGGAAUUCUAGAAAGAAAAAUAUCUCUUUCUUACCGAGAACCUGUGCACUCAAUACUAAAAAAAAAAACAGACAGUUUCAGAAGAGAAGUGUGUCGUCUGUCAAUCAAGUGAACGACAGAGCCAUUCAUGAAUAAUUCAUGAAGCCCCGCCUUAGAGCAUUCUGAUUGGACAGGACUCAUUUUGUUUAUUCUCUUCCCAUUUGAAUUAAAUUCGUAAAAAUAUCUUUCAGACUGUUUGGACUCAUUUUGAAAUGUUUCUUUUUCUUUUUAUCCUCUGUUUUCUGUUCUCCCCCCCAUCUUUUUCCACCCUAAAUCCACCACUAGUUCUCUUCUUUUGAGUUUUUUUUAUUGGCAAUUGCUGCUGCUGUAUUUUAUGACAGUGUGGUAUUUUUUACAUGGGUUUAUGUAAGGAAUGGGGGAGAAACAAAAUAAAUUUGAAAAUGCUGAAACUUC